AUGGGGAGGAGUUAUGACGCGUUGAACCGGGGGCGGGGCUUACGAGGUGUCGCGCGAGGCCGGGAGCGGGACCUGGCCGCCGGGGGAGACCCUGAGGACCUGGUCGUGAACUGCGGGCCGCGACGGCUGCAGUGUGUCCGCCGGACCCCUGGAGACCAGAGCGGACAGAGGAGUCCGAGCCAGAGCGAGAUUCCGAGCCGUGCAGAGCGAAGACGCGGAGCAUCCCGGAGCCCGGCGUCAACAUGUCAGUACUGCUCCCUCCCCACGCGCGGCGUACCUGUCCUCGCGGUCCGCUGCGCUUCCCGUCCGAGCCGUGUGUGCGGCCCCCAGGUGGCCAUGCUGUCCCGCACGCCCUCCCUGAGUCGGCUGAGGCGGAUCCUGGGGGCUUCCUCUCUCUUGACCAAGGGGUGCGACGCUGCUGCCGAGGAGGCUGGUGCAGGUUUCCAUCCUUGGGACAUCAUCAUGCAGCUAGGCCUGGCCCUGGUGCUGGGGGUGGCCCUGUGCCUGGGGUGUGGCCAGUCCUCUCUGUGGGCCCCUGAACGCCCCUUCUUGGUACUGUGGAACGUGCCCUCAGCACACUGUGAGGACCGCUUCGGCGUGCGCCUGCCACUCAAGGCCCUGGGCAUCACAGCCAACCGUGGUCAGCGCUUCCAAGGCCAGAACAUCACCAUCUUCUACAAGAACCGGCUUGGCCUCUAUCCCUACUUUGGGCCCAGGGGCACAGGUCACCAUGGGGGCAUCCCCCAGCUUGUGCCCCUUGGCCGUCACCUGGCACAGGCUGCCUUUCAGAUCCGCCACAGUCUGGGACCCGGCUUUGCUGGCCUGGCAGUGCUGGACUGGGAGGAGUGGUCUCCACUCUGGGCUGGGAACUGGGGCCGCCGACGGGUCUAUCGGGCAGCCUCAAGGGCUUGGGCACGGCAGGUGUUCCCCCAUCUGGACCACCGGGAGCAGCUCCAUGAGGCCCGUGCUGGCUUUGAGCAGGCUGCCCGUACACUGAUGGAGGACACACUGCAGCUGGGCCAGGCGCUGCAGCCCCAUGGGCUAUGGGGCUUCUAUCGCUACCCAGCCUGCGGCAAUGGCUGGCACAGCAUGGCCUCCAACUACACAGGCCGCUGCCAUGCAGCCACCCUUGCCCGCAACACCCGGCUGCAUUGGCUCUGGGCAGCCUCCAGUGCCCUGUUCCCCAGCAUCUACCUCCCACCCAGGCUGCCGCCUGCUCACCACCAAGCCUUUGUCCGACACCGCCUGGAAGAGGCCUUCCGUGUGGCCCAUGCUGGGCAUCUGCAUCCCCUGCCUGUCCUGGCCUAUGCCCGCCUCACACACCGGAGAUCUGGGAGGUUCCUGUCCCAGGAUGACCUAGUGCAGACCAUGGGCGUAAGCGUGGCACUGGGGGCAACUGGCGUGGUGCUCUGGGGGGACCUGAGUUUCUCCAGCUCUGAGGAGGAAUGCUGGCGUCUCCACGACUACCUGGUGGGCACUUUGGGCCCCUACGUGAUCAACGUGACCAGGGCGGCCAUGGCCUGCAGUCACCAGCGGUGCCAUGGCCGUGGGCGCUGUGCCCGGCGAGACCCGGGACAGCUGGAAGCCUUUCUGCACCUCCGGCCAGAUGGUAUCCCUGGAGAUUGGGAGCCCUUCAGCUGCCACUGUUACAGGGGCUGGGCUGGGCCUACCUGCCAGAAGCCUGGCCUGGCCCUAAGGAGGCAGCAUAAAGCCAGGAGUCAUCUGCUUCUGACCAACCACUCCUCUUGUCCCUGCUGCCACCUGCCCAGCCCAUGA